AUGGAACUAUGGCUAAAUGAAUAUCUUUACAAUGCAUUUUUUAAUUCGCUCUUUUAUUAGCAAUCAUUGGAAGAUUCAAUAGAAUCUUAGGUCUUGCAUUCAUUAUAAUAUAAUGGAGCCUAAAAUGCGAGCAAGGUUGCGAUGAGAUCUGCUAAGAAUGUUAAGCAAUUAAUAAUCAUCCAAACCGUUAUUGUACAUAACAUUCUGUUACUGAUUUAUAAAUUGAAAUAGAUGAUAUUCGAGACGUAUAAGAUGAUACUAUGGAUAUUAUUAAUUAAGUACCUAACUAUCCAGACACCAGCAGAAACUCUACAGCCAUUAAAUAAAAAUUAAGGUAAGAUUCUUGCUAAGAUGAAGCCUACAAUAAAUAAACUAAAAAUAGCAUAACAAAGCUUUAAGCUAAAAAUAUAUUAAACAAAAAACCUUUUAAGUUCUUUCUAGCUUUAGGAUUCAAAGUAUGUAGGUUUCCCUAUUGGUAUUUCUUUUGGAAUCUCUUUACUUUCAAUUAUUGUGACUGAAAGGAAAUCUUUAUUUGAGCUGAAUUGCGAUUCCGAAUGGGUUUUUUUUUCUGCUUGA